UGUUGGGUCAUAUGAAAAGGAGUGAACAUGGGAACACACAUACACCCAGGCAUGCAAACAUGCACACACAUGAAUGGAGCAUUACUAGGCUGGUGAGUUGUACACACACAUUAGACAGAGGGUGGGGCGCCAGUAAUUAAUGGGCUCUGCUGUCAGCUCAUCCGUCUCUCCAGCCCGGAACACACACACCACACACUAAUUCUCUCUCUUUCUCUCUCUCUCACUCUCACUCUCACUCAGCACUCCCGGACGAUUCUCUCCUGCUUUCAGUGUCUUCAUCUAAGAAACUGUAUGAUAUUGACAAUUUUUUAUGUGAGCCUCUGGAUAUCAUUUGAAAAUGGGUCUCUAUUAUUCUAAAAGAAAUGGAUAGAGAUCACCUCAUCUUUUGUCUUAAUUUCAUCAUCCUGUCUGGAAGGGACAAAAGAAAACCAACGUUUCAUCCAUUUUAUUUUUAUUUCUACUACUGUACCUGAAGAUAAUGGGACUCUGUGGGAAGUUUUUAAACUUUAACUCUCCUUUAACUUCAAAUCCAUUCGUCAUCUUUGCUUCUUGAAUCAAAAUAACCCACGCGGACCUGGGAACCACACUUGGAAUGGGACCUGGUCCCAUGGAACUGACCGGGACAGAGCACGCUAACAGGGGUUAGGAUUAUUUACCAGGGGGUAACUCCACCGGGAAGACCAUCCCCGGGGGUCCCAGAGAGAGGGAGAUGCCUUCCCUGAACCACAGAAACUAACACACACACAAACCUCAUCCCCGGGGGUCCCAGAGCGAUGCCUUCCCUCCACCACGGAGCCAUCUUCCUCGGAGUCUUUCUCAUCGCGACAGGCGGCUCCACUGCCUUUCUCACCUCCUCACAGAGCCGCCUGCAGGCGUUUUCUCUGUGCUGUGUGGUGCUGGGAGCAGUCAUGCUGAUCCUGGGGCUUCUCUGGGCCAUGAGUAACAAGCACCACGUCGAGUACAGCCAGGGAGAGUACCCCAACUUCCCCCAAUACCCCCACCAGGGAGAACACCCCAACUAUCCCUACCCACACCCAGACCUCAACUACCCUGGCCGGUAUACCCAUCCUGACUUGGGACACAUCCUCUUCAGCCCCCGUGGUCCUGUUGGACGCUUCCCAGAGUCCCAGUCAGCCCUACUGCAGAGGACCGAGCACCAGCAGCAAGGUGUGUAUGGGGCUAAUGAUGUGGACUACCCCCCACUCAGCCCCCCCUCCCGCUACCCCCCCGGGCUGGGCCCCCCACCUCCCUACGAGGUCGCCAUAAAGACCACCUGUAGCUCCACCCACCUGCGCCGCGCCUACUCAGACACACACCUGGCCUCGGAACCCCUGUUUGGCCGAUCACGGGAGAUCAGCUUUGAGGUGUGACAUAACCUCAGACAGGCCCACACACUGCCUCCACCCACCACACUGGAGGAGGAAUACUGUGGCCACACCCUUCACUCAGGCUCUUCCAAUCAACUGUCAGCCCAGAGGAAAAGGCAGGAAUAUGAGAUGGCCCUAAAGCCCUGCAUAUAUCUGUCUGUCUUCAACAACCUGUAGUUUAGCAUGUUUUCACAAGCUGCCUUCUAAAUGAGACAAACACAUUUUCAAAUAUUUCAAAUACUUUACCUGUGCUUGCUUGAGUUUGACUGGUGCAAAGGAACCGAUGGAAUAGCUCAAAAGUGCAAACCACACUCAAUGUCCGCAGUGCCUCUCCCUGUCUCCGCUAGCUCUUUACAGUAUAUGCAUGUGUAACAGAAUAUAAAAGUUAAAUAAAAAUAGUUUGAAUACUUGAAUUGA